AUGGAUGAGAAUAAGGGAACCGUUAUUUUGAAGUCAUUGAACGAAUGGAGGAGAUGGUUAGAGCAGUUGAGAACAAAGGCGACGAAGGAACGAGUCUGGGAUUAUGUGAAUCCAUCCCCGUUACGGACACACGAGGUGGAACCGGCACCGGAGAAACCAGUUAAACCCCCUUUUCCAGACAGUAUAAUGCCGAAUCAGAACAAGGAUCCAGAAGUUGAGAAGCUUGCAUUGAUGCGCUUCCAAAUGGAAUUACAGUUAUAUGAGCAGCAUUAUCAACGGUAUAAGGACGAAAAGGCGAGGUACGAGAAGCACCAGGAACGAUUGGACGCGGAAUUGCAGGAGGAAUUUGCUCUGCAACCGGAGCAGGAGCAUGAACUGAUAAAUGAGAGAUAUAGAGAUUUGCUUACUCCGAAACGCGGCAUGAAGCCUAAAGACUGGAUCUCGAAAUGGGAGAAUCUGUUAUUGGAUAUGCAACUAACGGACUUCAAUGAGAUUCCAGAAAAGAGAAUGUCGAGGGACUUUAUUCGUUCAUCAGCUUUUAUUGCACCCAAGUUUGCUGAAUCAUGGACGACAACACUCAUCGAAUUGGAUACCGGACUGGAAGUAUUGCAUAGGAAGAUUGGAUUAGACUCAGUACCAGGGAUUCGCGAUAUGAUAAAGAUUUUCGAACAAUGGGUCAAGGCACAACGCAACGUGAUGGACCCUACUCGACGUGAUGCAUCAUUCGCGAUGUUAGGCGGUAAAUCGGAUCAGCCUGAGAAGGAAGAAGAACAAAAAGGGACUCAGCAAUCCAAUCAGCAGACUAAUCAUCAAUCAAGAUCACAACAGAAAGGACAAUCGAGAAACAGAGAAAGAACGUGUCUAUGUGGAGCAAAGCACAACUUUGAGGAUUGCCCAUAUGUCAAUGAAGGAAAAAGAUCAAAGGAUUGGAAAGAAGAUGAGGAUAUUACCAGAAAGUUCAAAGAUGUCGAACGCAGUAAUACAUCGCUGGCGAAGGCACUUAAGGCAGUCAAAGGGAAGCUUAAACUGACAAAUUCAACCAAUAAAAAGGAAUCUGACGACGGCAAGAAGGACAACGAACCGGAAAGAUCGAACUUUGUAUAUGAUGAGGACGAAGUUCAGAUAUCGAUAGGUCCAUGUUUUGAACGAUCAAACAUGGCAAUACAAGUUCAAACAAUAGCGACAGCCACAGAUUCAGACAAAGACCUCAAGGAUGCAGUUAUUUUGGAUAACGGUACAACGACUAACAUCUUCAAUGACUUAAGACGGCUUCGCAAUAUGGGAAAUGAAGAACGAAUCUGUCUUGUUGGAAAUGGCUCAGUAAAGAUGUAUGGACCAGGGGAAACGAUCAUCUAUCUAACGAAUCCGAUUAGCAGACAGGCAAAGAAAGGGAUAUUGGUGAAGGAGGCAUGGUAUGUUCCAGGAAUGCAUACCAACAUUAUCUCUCAAGGAAUGGCUGAGGAAUAUGGACUUUUCUUCAAUGGUUUGACCCGAAGAUUGGUGACAAAGAAACAAGAUAUUUGUGGACUAAAGAAGGAAGGAAGGCUUUAUCUGAUUGAAUGGGAUGAAAACCGGAAACCUAGGAGUUCUCUAGGAAACGACUUAGCACUUAGUUCUUUCGAGAGAAAAGUAUUGAAGGACCCUGGGAAUGUAUGGUAUAAACGACUUGGACAUAUAUCGGAACAAGCCGUUGAGAAACUUCAGGAAGCAACGGAGGGUGCACUUGUCACUUCACCAAGGGCUUUAGGCAGGAAUGAAGAAGGAUUCAAGGAGAAAUUUCCUAAUACUCCAGAACAAAAUGGGCCAAGCGAGCGAGCUGGAGGACUUAUCACUACACGAACAAGAAGUGCGAUCCAGGAAGCAAACUUACCGACAGGAUUGUGGCCAUAUGUUAUGCAAGCGAUGGUUUAUAUCAUCAAUCGGACGCCCACAAAAGCAAUCGGUUAUAAGACUCCAUAUGAGAUGGCGUAUGGCAAGAAACUUACAUUGGAAAUCUGUACUUGCUUGGAUCAAAGGCAGGGACCACGAGGGACCAAGGUCAUUCGAGCAAGGGAUGUUGUUUUUGACGAAACGAAGAAGUAUAAUCCAGAACAUCCAUUUGCUAGAGAGAUUAUUAGGAAUGGUGUGACAAAAAUCACAGAAUCAUUAGACAUACCGAACCUGGAGGACUUCAAUGAAGAACGAGUUGUGGAAUCAGUCGACGAAUAUAUGAAUUUGCAGCAAUCCUCCUCAAUGAAAUUUCCUCUGGAAAUCCCAGUAUUAGCUUCUGGAAACAGCCAGACAGUCACAACACAGCAACACAUACCAGAAAGCAUGGAAAUUAAUGAUCAACCUGUCAAUGAGCCAACACAGUCUGUUGUGAUACACUCUGACAGCCAUUUGAUACCCAGCCCGUCAGCAUCCAGUUCAACAGAGUCGAUGCAAGGUCACCAGAUGUCAACGAGCAAGGAAUUGUUACUGGAAAAUCGAAUUAGUGAACAGAAUCAGGAUGACAAAAUGGAAAUCGACGACGUACAUGGCCAGCAAGAUAAUCAGUUAGUUCGAUUUGAUGACACUAAAAACGAAGUCACAUUGUACGGUGAUGAAUCCCAAUUUGGCGAAUCUGGGAGGGUGACUGGUGAGGAUAGUGGUGAGGAAGAAGCUCAACAGGAUGAAGGAGCAGAGCGAGAGAAUAUGGCUCUCACGGCCGGAACAACCACUAGUCCGAGUGGGCAGAUUCCCCAAAUAGGAAAUGAACAGACACCGCUGUUGCAAUUGACCAAUGAGGAAUCAAGAAAUCCUGACGUCACGUUACCUGAGCUACUACUAUCAACUACCCCGCAGCAAAGAAGCGCGCCAAAGGCCUCAGAAAUCGGAGCUGACCUCUCAGAGGGAAAUAUUGUGACAGGACCACGCCGAAGGAUUCCCUCUAAGCGUGCUCGAAGCCCAGAAAUAGCGACAUCUAAGGCGGAGAGGAAGAGGCACCGAGCUUUUUUCGCGAGAAUAAAGUUAUUGCAAGAGUCUUCAGCGUAUAAAGUGUUUUUGGCAGCCGCAGAGAAACUUGAUGGGUAUGAGCCGCUUCAUGAAGAUAUCCCACCAGAGCCCAGGAACUGGAUAGGCGUCAAAAGACACAGAUUUGCCAGGCAAUUUGAGGAAGCUGGGAGAACUGAGAUGGAGUCAUUAAAGAGAAAAGGCACAUUUGAAGUUGUCGACAGACCUGAAGGAAAGCAAAUCCUACCGCUGACAUGGGUCUUCAAAUACAAAUCUGACAAAUUUAGGAAGAUUGCAAAGUUCAAAGCACGAAUUUGUGUUCGAGGAGACUUGCAAAAGGGUAUGGAUUUGGAAACACGAGCAGCAACACUUGCGGCAAGAAUUUUUAGAAUGAUGAUGGCACUAGCUGCAGUUUUUGAUCUUGAGAUUGUACAACUUGAUGCAGUCAACGCUUUUGUUAACAGUGACCUGGAUGAAGAGGUAUACGUUUAUUUUCUAGAUGGCUUCAGAAUUCCCGGAAAAGUCAUACGAUUAAGGAAAGCGUUAUAUGGAUUACGACAAAGUCCGCGAUUAUGGCAAAAAGAGCUUACAGGAACGCUAUUGGAGCUUGGAUUUUCGCAAAUUCCAGAUGAAGAGUGCUUAUUUGUUAAAGAUGGUGUGUUUUUACUCUUCUUUGUGGACGAUAUUUUGAUCUUUUACGACAGGAAAAAUCGACAAUCUCUCUUUGAGGAAAUUGUUAAGAAACUCACGAGCAAAUAUGAGAUUCGACAAAUGGAGAAAUUCGAGUGGUUCUUGAAUAUACGAAUCGUACGGGAUAGAAAGCAGCGGAAGAUCUGGAUUUGUCAAGAUUUGUAUAUUACCAAGAUUGCUAAAAAGUUUGGGCUAACGCAAAACAAUACAAAGACACCAAUUUCCAUCGAUUUACAACCGUCAGAGAGUGAAGCCAUGAAUGAAGACAUUCACCUCUAUCAAGAAUUGGUGGGAUCAGCAAUGUAUGCUGCAGUCAUGACCCGACCUGAUGUUACAAAGCCAGUGAACGAACUUGCCAAAUUCACUACAAAUCCAUCAAAGGAUCACAUCCGCCAGAUUAAACGUGUCAUUGAAUAUCUCUAUAAUACACAAUUCCUCGCUAUCGAAUUCUCACCACCGGAAAACAGCGAUUCGGACGUUGCUAUAUGUGCUUCGGAUGCUUCUUUUGGAGACAACGCCGAUCGUACGAGCUCGGAGGCUUAUAUUUUCAGUUUAUACGGAGGUCCUGUCGACUGGCGUGCCACAAAGCAACGAUUAGUUACAACUUCAACUACCGAAGCGGAAUUAAGAGCGGCAACGGAAGCAGCAAUGAAGCUCUAUGUUUGGAAACGUGUAUUCAAGGCUAUUGGUUUCAAAACAGAUCGUGAGCUCUCCAUUCAAUGUGACAAUAAGCAAACCGUGCUACUCUUGACUAGGGAGGACCCUCAUUUUCGAACGAACUUACAACAUAUUGAUAUCUACCAUUAUUGGCUACGACAAGAAGUGAGGUGUGGUAGACUUCACAUUGAGUGGGUUCCUACAAAGGAAAUGAUUGCAGAUGGCCUUACUAAGGUGUUGAAAGGACAACAAUUCUUGGACUGGAGAAAACACCAAGGAUUAACGGAUAUAGCUCAUUUAGUGCAAGAAUGA